AUGGCUGCUCAUGGGCUACCUGACAAGUUUGUUGUGUGGCAACCCAUGGACCACUGUAGCCGGUUUAUGCAUGCUGAAUAUUACAACCGCACUUUUAAUGUGGCAUUAGAUGCUAAUGAGAGAUUUCAGAUUCUUCAAGAACAGGAUGAGGGUGUCAUUUUCUUACUUAACAAUAGCUCUGAACUUCUUGGGAAUUUAUUGACGGUUAGUUGUAUAUGGCACCGCUCAUUCAGUGGGUUCUUCUAUGAUAUUGUUGCAAAAAGCCAGGGAAACUCUCUUCGAUUACAAUCUUUCACAGAAUGUACUAAGAGACGUUCAAAUAGCAUCCUGGUUACAACAGGGUUCCUUCUUGUACCUCAAAAUUUUCGCAAUUCUAGCAAUGAGCUAAAGUUGGAACUCUGCAUAUGGAGUAAAGAUUCAUUUCCUACAAACUUCUAA